AUGUCUCAGCUUUCGUCGAUUAUCUUAGAGAUCGGAACAACAACUGACAGUUUUUUAACCCUCUGGGACUACCCAAUCCUCCCGAAACACUACUUCAUUCUGUGGCUUGCGGCUUCGGGUAAAAUUAAGACGAAGGACAGACUUGAGUUUCUAGAGAUUGAUCACACCUGUGUCCUCUACAAAACUCAAUCAGAAAGCAUCCAGCACCUCUUCUUUGCAUGCCCAUUCUCGUCGCAAAUCUGGGCUACAAUUUGUUCGUGGAUGCAGGCCCCAAUCACCAUGUGCUGCCUUGAGUCGGCUGCGAGUUGGAUCAGCUCCAACACCUCUCAGGAUCCCUCUCUCAGAUUUCUUCACCGUCUCGGCUUUGCAUCAACAGUAUACUACAUUUGGACUGCCCGUAACAAAGGGGCUCUUGAAAAUUUCUCGUUGGAUCGCUAG